AUGGAGGAUAAAACCUUCCAUAUGAGGCCAUUCUUGUCUGUCACAAAUCACGAUGUAGUUGUUCAAAUGGAGCCUGAUUCAACAACGAUGCAACAAGAGGAUCUAAGAAAUAAAGAAAAAAAGCAAACUUCAGACACAACAUCAUCACCCGAAGUUGAAGUAUGUUAUCCUUACAUUUCUCAAAGUUCCGAUCAAUAUUCAACUAUAGAUAUCAACAUGUUGAAUGCUUAUCUUCAAAAGCAGAAGAAUAUCGAUGAGGGACUUGAAACAGAUUUCAAACUAGAACGUCAACUCACUGCCAAAUUAGACGAUUUACUUGACGCUAAUGAAAAACCUUCAGUUUCUAGAAGAUUUAGUUUAUAUGGUGAAAAUAUCAAGGAUCCUUCUGAAGUAAAUAAAAGUGUAGAAAGAUAUACAUUUUAUUCUGUACAAUCUGGAUCUCUUAAAAGUCAUUCUUUCCGUAAUUUGUUAGAGACAAAAGGCUUUCAAACAUUAGACGAAAAAGCAAUAAAUAAAACAGUUGCAGAACUGUUAGUUGAAACAACAUGCUGGUGGAUAGAUAUUUUAGCUCCAACAAAUGAUGAAAUGCGCACAAUCAGUAAGAUUUUUAGAAUACAUCCUUUAACGACAGAGGAUAUUCAAGCACAAGAAUCAAGAGAGAAAUGUGAAAUCUUUCAAAAUUACAUGUUUAUCAGUUUUCGUAGUUUCAACCAUGACUUCCAUAGUCCUGAUUAUCUUGAAGCAGUUAAUUUUUAUAUCAUUAUUUAUAAAGAUGGUGUUUUAACUUUUCGUUUUCAAGAUUUACCUCAUCCUCAUAAUGUCCGUCGACGUAUUCAUCAAUUGAAGGAUUUCAUUCGAGUUACACCAGAAUGGAUUAAUUAUGCUUUGAUUGAUAAUAUUACAGAUAGUUUUGCACCCUUGAUUCAGCAUACAGAAUUAGAAGUAGACUCUAUUGAUGAUCUUGUGCUUGUCUUGAAUGGAUCAGAACAAAACGAUAUGUUGCGAAGAAUCGGUAGUUGUCGAAAGACUGUCAUGCAAUUAUUACGUCUUUUAGGUCCAAAAGCAGAUGUCGUUCGAAGCUUAAUGAAAAGAUACGAAGAUAAAGUAAAAGAAGGCAAUUAUUUAAGAGAAAAGCCUUAUAGUCAAAAUACAGAAGAUACCUUAGAAUUAGAAGAAAUAAAAAUACAUCAUGAAGUGACAUUAUAUCUUGGAGAUAUUCAAGAUCAUAUCCUUACAAUGUUGCAAAACGUCAAUCAUUACGAUCUUAUUUUAGGACGAGCGCAUAGAAAUUAUCUUGGUCAAAUUUCAAUCGAAUUAUCUCAAGCAGGUAAUAGAACGAAUGCUGUCAUUAAUCGAUUAACUUUCUUUGCUACCAUUGUCGUUCCUUUAAACUUGAUAGGUGGUUUAUUUGGUAUGAACGUUAAAGUACCUGGUCAAGAUAACAUGGAUUUAGUUUGGUUCUAUUGGAUUGUAAUGGGCAUGUUAAUCUAUGUUGUUGGAAUGGUUGCAAUUGGGAAAAGGACGGGUUUAAUUUAA